CAUGAUAAUGUGUUAGUGAUUGAAGACGAAGGACACAGGAUAGUGCUGGUGCUCAGUGAGGGAAAUACAGAUGCAUGUUUACAUCACUGUGUCUGUGAGAACAGAAACCACCAUCGCUACACUCAAGAUGACCUCGAACUUCACAUUCACACUGAACGCUUCCUUACUGUUCGCCUCGGCUCAACUCUGAAUCAUCCCUCUGAAAUCCACAGGAACCUUCACAUCUGCUCAAACUCCACAGGUGGUAUAAAUAUAGUCCUGCUAAGAUCGGCUCAUUCUCGCUCUGCCAACAUGAUGAUGGCGACUCUACUAGUUAUGUUCCUCAUCAAACACUCUUCAGGAACUCAAGACAUUCAUACAGUCAAUAAAAUAUCUGUUCAACAACAUCAAACUAUCAUAAUCCCUUGUUUAUAUGAUCAGAAAUAUGUCAGUAAUGUAAAAUAUGUGAGUUCUGGAGGUGUGUGGCUCUUCAGUAGGUAUGUAACACACGACAGAAUGUCUGUUGUGGAUAACCAAACAGAAAAGUUUUUUACGGCAACGCUGCGGAACACCAAAGUGAGUGACACUGGCACAUACUGGUGUGGGAUCAGCAUAGCUGGAUCUGAUCGUGGCAGACAACUUUACUUGGAGGUUAUAAAAGGUGAACCCAGACUCCAUGUCUCCAGUCAAUACGUGUCAGGCUAUGAGGGUGGGAACGCUGUUGUCAUCUGUCACGGGGCGUCAGAGUGGUGUCAGAUCGGAGGCUCUUGUGUUCAGAGAACCUCAAAUAAAACUGUAGUGCAUAUCAGUGGUGAUGCUCUGAAUGUGACCUUGCGCGAGCUGAAGAAAGAGGACAGUGGAUGGUACUCCUGCUCUGAUGGAAAGUCACAGAUGCCGGUUCAUAUUACCGUGAGGAAGGCCCCAUAUACAAAACGAGUCACUGUUCAAUAUACAGGUCACACCACAGAAUCCAGUCAAGUCAAGCCUGGGAUGAAGCGCGUCCUGUGGCUCGCCAUUCUGGGGGUGAUGCUGCCCGUAAUCGUCUGCGCAGCAGUGAUACUGACCAAAGUAAACUACAAAAGAAAACAAACGUCAAAUCCUUCUGAAGGCAUGAACAAUCAACACUCGCCCAAAGGAAAUGAGAAAAAUGAGGAAGUUACAUGUGAAAAUCUCUAUGAAGAGUCUGGAAUUAAACAAAACAUUCAGGAAAAUGAGAAAAAUGACGAGGUUACAUGUGAAAAUUUCUACGAAGAGUCUGGAACUAAACAAAACAUUCAGGGAAAUGAGAAAAAUGAGGAGGUUACGUGUGAAAAUAUCUAUGCAAAGCCUGGAAUUAAACAAAACAUUCAGGGUAAUAAGAAAAACGAGGAGGUAACAUGUGACAGUCUCUAUGAAAUCAUGUCUGGAACUAAAAGCAAUCAGGGAAAUGAGAAAAACAGCGAGGCUGAAAAUCUUUAUGAAAUCAUGACUGGAAUUAAACAAAACAUGCAGAUGACUGCGAUGGAUAAUAAAAACAUAUAUGAAUCUAUGGUCAGAAAAGUGAAAUAGUUAUAUAAUCAGACUUUUUAUAAUGUUUUAUAAUGUUGUGGAAUGCAUAUGAAAUUCAUAUUACGACUGUAAUGUGAUUUAAUGGUUAUCAGUUCAUGUGAAUUUUGCUGGGAAUCGAACCCAUGAUCUUAGCGUUGCAAGCACCUGCUCUACUGUUUGAGCUCAGGAAAGCAUAAAAUACAAUAUUCGCAUUUAAACAAAUAAAAAUGUUGUUCGGUGCUGUUUUAAAACCAUAUGUUCUCAUGUUUAUUUAUUUUUUUUGUAAUGUUUAAGAAAGUAUUAAUGUUAAAGGUUUACUGUUUUACCUGAUUUUUAUUUCUUUUCUCCCCCAUAAUGUGAUUUUUGAAUUGUAUUAAAUCUAAUUAGGGUCAAUUUCACCUGGAACAUAACACUCAAACCCAGAAUUUUAACAUUAAUGUAUUGUUCUCUGUCUGUUGUAGUUCAUUCAGUUUCUCAGUG